AUGGCAUCCGAAGCACCCAACAAAUCUUAUCCUCUUCACUUUGUCCUCUUCCCUUUCAUGGCUCAAGGCCACAUGAUUCCCAUGGUUGAUAUCGCCAAGCUCUUGGCUCAGCGCGGUGUGACCGUAACAAUUGUCACGACGCCUCACAAUGCAGGGAGGUUCAAGAAUGUUCUAAGCCGUGCCAUCGAAUCUGGCUUGUCCAUUAACAUCGUGCCUCUGAAGUUUCCGUAUCAAGAAGUUGGUUUGUCGGAGGGACAAGAGAAUAUCGAUCUACUUGACUCGAUGGCGCUCAUGAUACCUUUCAUGAAAGCGUGUAACACGCUUGAAAACAGGUCCAAAAGCUGA